CCCCCCAGGCGCGCACCUGCCGGAGCCCGGGCGGGACCCCCCUUCCCGGGCCGGCGUCGAUGCUGAGCGGGCCGGGGGCACUGCCCGCUUCGCCCGCACCAUGGACGGCUUCUACGACCAGCAGGUUCCCUUCAUGGGCCCCGGGAAGUCCUGCACAGAGGAGGGCCGAGGCCGGCCGGGGUCCGAUAGGAAAAGGAAAUUUUUGGAGACUGACCUGGCCCAUGACUCGGAAGAGCUCUUCCAGGAUCUCAGCCAGCUCCAAGAGGCCUGGCUAGCUGAAGCUCAGGUCCCCGACGACGAACAAUUUGUCCCAGAUUUCCAGUCUGACAACUUGGUCCUGCACGCCCCACCUCCGGCCAAGAUCAAGCGGGAGCUGCCCAGCCCAUCCUCGGAGCUGUCAUCCUGCAGCCACGAGCAGGCUCUGUGUGCCGGCUAUGGGGACAAGUGCCUCUACAACUGCUGUGCCUACGACAGGAAACCCCCCGCCGGGUUCUAUUUCUGCCUCCCCCCUGGCCCGCCCGUGCCAGGGGCUGCCCACGGCUCUGCCCACGGCGCUGCCCACGGCGCUGCCCACGGCACUGCCCCGGCCCCCCACGCCCUGCAGGAGCAGCGCCAGCAGCCGCCCUUCGCCGUGCCGCGCCCGCCCAUGCACAUGCCAAAGAUGAUGUCUGAGAACCAAUACCCCGCAGAGCACAGGUUUCAGCGGCAGCUGUCGGAGCCGUGCCCCCCGUUCCCGGGGGGGGGGGGGGGGGGGGGGGGGGCCCUGGGCCCCGCUGCCCCCCGCCCCCCUCAGGGAUUCAAGCAGGAGUACCACGACCCUCUCUACGAGCACGGCGGCCCUGGCCUGCCCGGCCCCCCUGGCCACAGCUUCCAGCCCCCCUUGGGCAUCAAGCAGGAGCCGCGGGACUACUGCAUUGACUCAGAAGUGCCUAACUGCCAGUCCUCGUACCUACGGGGGAAUGUCUUCCCCAACAGCCAUGACGGAUUUUCAUAUGAAAAGGACACACGAUUGUAUUUUGAUGACACGUGCGUGGUACCCGAGAGGCUGGAGGGUAAAGUGAAGCAGGAGCCCACCCUGUACCGUGAGGGCCCUCCCUACCAGCGGCGUGGGUCCCUGCAGCUGUGGCAGUUCCUGGUCACCCUCCUGGAUGACCCUGCCAACGCCCACUUCAUCGCCUGGACCGGCCGGGGCAUGGAGUUCAAGCUGAUCGAGCCUGAGGAGGUAGCACGGCGCUGGGGCAUCCAGAAGAACCGGCCAGCCAUGAACUAUGACAAGCUCAGCCGCUCCCUGCGCUACUACUACGAGAAGGGCAUCAUGCAGAAGGUCGCAGGCGAGCGGUACGUCUAUAAAUUCGUCUGUGACCCCGACGCCCUGUUCUCCAUGGCCUAUCCCGACAACCAGCGCCCUUUCCUCAAGACAGAGCCGGACUGCCCGGUGCCAGAGGAGGAGACGGUGCCCCUGACUCACUUUGAGGACAGCCCAGCCUUCCUCCUGGAGAUGGAUCCCUGCAGCAGCCUCCCCUACGCGGAGGGCUUCGCCUACUGACUCGGCCGGCCGGCAGAGCCACUGGCACCAGCGCGUCCACCUGGGGCUGACACGGUUUUCUAAAACAAAACAAACCCAACGACAAACAGCAUGGGUGCACACACAGAUUCGAGGAAUUUCAAACGCCCCACGUGUGUCGCUGCCGAAUUCCCACCCUUCCUUUCCAAGGGCUAGUGCACAGGACUGCCCGUGGCUGGCACCUCCUGCCGUGCAUCAGUGUGAUGUCUUGGGGCACCGGGAGCCUAAAGUUGCAGCCUCUUCCCCAGGCCCUGGCUCUGGCAGUGCCCCAAGUCUGGGCUGCGUGGCUACCGAGCCAAUUGUCACGACAAUCUGCUUUGCAUCGAGCACAAUCCCUGCGUAGCUGCCUUGUGUGGUGGAAAGGGCUUUGAUUUGCACAGAGAGAGAGAGGAGGGAUGCGGGGCCAGCACCCCGGGGCUGAUGUGCACAGCAUCCUACCCCAACUCCGAGGAGCCUUCUGCCUUCUUCCUGACACCCCUCCCCAUAUAAUCCUCUUGUUCCCAUAGAACCUCCUGCAUCCUCUCCGUGCCCUCAAUCCUCCCCAGCUCUGGCUACAGGCCAUGGGUUCCAUUUUGUGGGGGGAGGAGACCCUGACACUAACUCCCUCUUUGGUUUGUUGGUUUUUUUGUUGGUUUUUUUUUUUUUUGGGAUGUUUUAGGAAAAUACUAAAGGUUUCUAAACUGAUUUUUGUAGAUUUUUUGUAUUUUAAGGCAAAGCUAUUUUUUGCAGCUCGGCUGCUGUCCCUGGGGACACCCCCACGGCUUUCCUAGUGGCAGGGGGCAGCCCUCCGUGCCCAUGGCUGCCGAAGGAUCUGGUCCACUCCAUUUCACUGCUCCAGUCCUCUUUCCCAGGGGAGCCGGGGCUGAAUGCCAGUACUGGCUCAGCUGUGCUCCCCCUGCUCGGCAUGGCCUCGGAGCUGGGCUGUAAGGCUGAGGUGGGUAGGGAUGGGGGGUCCCCCACCCCCCUUCCUCGACAUCCCACUUCUCUCCAGCUCCCCCCACCCCUUGCUGCACCUCCUAACACUCCUCCACCACUCAUGUAUCCAUACCUGCCUCCCCUGCACCAGCUACAUGUUUCGUUGUAAAUGCUGUAUAGGAGUUUUUUUCUCUUCCUUAAUUAGCUUCAGUUGGAAAUUUUGUUUGGUUUA